AGUAUUUCUCCCAUUCUAUGAGUGUGUAAAGCAAACAUUAUGCUAAUAUUCAAAUGCAAGCUUAUUAUGCAGACUUAGCAAAAAAAUAUGAUAUCCAAUGUAAAACAAUUGUCUGGACAUGGAGGUUUUUAAUAGAUGUAAAAGGCAUUCGACAAUUCAGUCGUACAACUUUAUCGCCAUAAGGAAGACAACUCAAAAGAAGAAGCCGCUGUUGAACGCAAUUCUCUGAUAAAACUCAAUCAUAAUGAAAGUUUUAAGAUUAACCAUCGUACCGGUAAUGGAGACACUGGAUAACUUUCGUAUAGACAAACGUCUUACUGCAGACCCCUUCUUUGGCAGCGCCUUUUUGAUGUUCGCUUGUCUCUCCGUUUACAUGCUUGUGGUGCUGAAACUUGGACCACAAUUCAUGAAGAACAGAAAGCCCUACAAUGUGGACCAUAUAAUGCGGCUUUACAAUGUCAUGCAAAUUCUUCUCAAUUUAUUUGCUUUCUAUGAAAUGACUCGUUAUAGCUAUUGGAGAUCCGAUUUUAAUCUACUGUGUGAAGGAUACAAUCCACAGGAUGUAAGGCCAGCCACAAUGGGCUUAACAAGGCCAAUUAAGCUAUAUCUAAUAUCAAAAUAUUUGGACUUUUUCGAUACGUUCUUCUUCUUGCUUCGAAAAAAGUUUAAUCAAAUAAGUUUCCUACAUGUCUAUCACCAUAUAUUGAUGGUAUCCGCAACCCAUUCCUAUGGCUCACAACUUUUUGCAUCACAUUUCACCGCUACUGGUGUUGUCAACUCUUUCAUUCAUGUGGUUAUGUAUACUUACUAUCUGCUGGCAUCCUUGAAACCAAACAUCAAUCUAAAUAAAUGGAAAAAGAUGGUAACCCAACUGCAGCUACUACAAUUCGGUUUGUUAGCCAUUCAUUACGGCCUGCCGCUGUUCUUUAGUAAUCAAUGCAACGUCAGCAUACCAUGGUUGUGGGUUGCAUUUUUAAAUAACGCCUGCAUCAUGGGUCUCUUUUCGAAUUUCUAUUACAAGACUUAUAUUCGUGCAAGAUCGAAGCAGCAUUCUGUUGAAAAGGCACAAUGAGUAGACAAAUG